UUGGUUAGGCGAGGCGAGACUAUAGAGACGAGACGAGAGCCGUCUGGUCGUCUGGUUAGUCUGGUAGUUGUUUGUUCGUGACCUUACCCAACAGUUUUGUGUUAUCUUAGAUAUGGCUGGAAUUUUGAAGUUGUCUUCAAUUGUCGCUAAAAAUCCACCUUCAUUGUCUUUGAAGUCACUCAGGCUACCACUGGCAUCUACAAGAAAAAUUCACUUCACUGUAGAUGGCCAGAACCAAGCAAAGCCAGGUGAAAAGAUCUCACGAGACUACCCUGUGAUUGAUCACACAUACGAUGCAGUGGUGGUGGGGGCAGGCGGGGCUGGUCUGCGGGCAGCUUUCGGUCUGGUGGCUGAGGGAUUCAAAACUGCUGUCAUCACUAAACUGUUUCCUACUCGCUCACACACAGUGGCUGCUCAGGGGGGCAUCAAUGCAGCCCUGGGCAACAUGGAGGAAGAUAACUGGCAUUGGCACAUGUAUGACACAGUGAAGGGUUCAGACUGGCUUGGGGACCAGGAUGCAAUCCAUUACAUGACCCGAGAGGCACCUAAAGCUGUACUUGAACUUGAAAACUAUGGUAUGCCAUUCUCUCGCACAAAUGAUGGGAAGAUCUAUCAGCGAGCUUUUGGUGGCCAGAGUCUCAAGUUUGGUAAAGGAGGACAAGCUCAUCGCUGCUGUUGUGUGGCCGAUCGUACUGGACACUCCCUGUUACACACCCUGUAUGGCCAGUCUCUACGUUACGAUUGCAACUACUUCAUUGAGUAUUUCGCUCUUGACCUGUUGAUGGAAGGAGGGGAGUGUCGUGGUGUCAUCGCACUCUGCUUGGAGGAUGGCUCUAUUCAUCGUUUCCGAGCCAAGAAUACGGUCCUGGCUACAGGUGGCUAUGGCAGGGCCUACUUCUCAUGUACUUCUGCUCACACCUCUACAGGGGAUGGUACUGCCAUGGUGUCCAGAGCUGACCUCUACAAUGAAGAUUUGGAGUUUGUACAGUUCCACCCUACCGGAAUCUAUGGAGCUGGCUGUCUGAUGACAGAAGGGUGCCGUGGGGAGGGAGGUUAUCUCAUCAACUCUCAGGGAGAGAGGUUCAUGGAGCGUUACGCCCCAGUAGCCAAGGACUUGGCUUCACGUGAUGUUGUUUGCCGAUCUAUGACUAUUGAGAUCAGGGAGGGCAGGGGCUGUGGACCUGAAAAGGACCAUGUCUUCUUGCAACUACACCACUUGCCCCCAGAACAGCUGGUAACUCGUCUGCCUGGUAUCUCAGAAACAGCUAUGAUCUUUGCUGGAGUUGAUGUCACUCGGGAACCUAUCCCAGUACUACCAACCGUACAUUACAACAUGGGUGGUGUGCCCACUAACUACCGUGGACAGGUGUUAACUGUGAAGAACGGCCAAGAUGCUGUAGUGCCCGGACUCUACGCGUGUGGUGAGGCUGGCUGCUCAUCAGUCCAUGGAGCUAACAGACUUGGAGCCAACUCCCUUCUGGACUUGGUGGUCUUUGGCAGAGCUUGUGCCAAGACUAUUGCUGAAGAAAACAAACCAGGAGAGAAAAUUGGUGAACUUAGCACCAAUGCAGGGGAAGAGUCCGUGGCCAACCUGGACUGGGUUAGGUUUGCCAAUGGCUCAGUGACUACAGCUCAGCUCCGACUCAACAUGCAGAAGACCAUGCAGAACCAUGCUGCUGUAUUCCGUUCAGCUGAGAGUCUGCAGGAGGGCUGUCAAAAGAUGGACUCUUUAUACAAGUCACUCUCUGAUCUCAAGGUGUUUGAUAGCAGCUUGGUAUGGAAUACUGACCUGGUGGAGGCCCUGGAACUGCAAAACCUCAUGAUAAAUGCAGUGCAAACUGUGUAUGCAGCUGAGAACAGGAAAGAGACACGAGGUGCCCAUGCUCGAGAAGACUUUAAGACGAGGAUUGACGAAUAUGACUACACCAAGCCCCUUGAGGGACAAACUCCGAAACCUUUGGAACAGCACUGGAGGAAGCACACUCUCACCAAGCUUGAUGCUAAAAAUGGAAAGGUUACAUUCGACUACAGGCCAGUAAUUGACAAAACUCUGGAUGAAAAAGAGUGUGCUACUGUUCCACCAGCCAUUCGUUCUUAUUAAGAAGUUAUUAUUUUUUAGUUUAUGGUGCUUUGUCUAGUAACGUAAUGGUGAUUAACAGUACUUAAUUAUAUGCAGGAUAUACAACACAUAAGCGAUAUGUGGUUAGCUUAAAAGCUAAAAAGGCUUUAAUUUAGUAGCGAAAUAUCUUUUAGCCAUUGAAAACAACACAUAACAGUCUCUAAGAGUGUUACUGUGUACUGUUAGCAUCACAGUUGUGUUAAAGAAGCUAUUGAAAAAUGAAUUUCUCACAAAUUAAGUAGAAAAAUUACAAAUAUUAUGUUAGUGUGGCUUAUUAUCUGUGCCUUACCUCAAAACUUAGACAAUACAUCUUUGCUAUGAAGCUGCCAUGCAACAGACUGCUGAUAGAUUUAGUUAUAAAAUGUUUUGAUGUCUAUACUGAAUAAUAUAUGUAGUGCUGGAAAUAUAUAACAUACCAUAAAGUAGAUGAAUAUUGUUUACGAGUUUUCAGACAGUUAAAUAUGCAAUGUUUGAAAAUGAAUUAAUCAGUCAAACUACUAAAAUGAAAUAAUCUAAAAAUAGAUAAUGACAAUAUUAUUGGCUAUAAAUACCAGGAUGGUACAGAGAAAAAUAUUUAUGUAAAACCAAUAUCCUGCAUUGUUUGUUCAAAUUGAUAGUAUAGUUGUCAAUAAUUAGCAGAUCCCAAAAGGCUAAAUAUAUUUUUCGUAACAAGUAAUUUUGCAAUUGAGGAAAUUUGUAAUUUAGAAAAAGGUUGACAACAUGUGGGACAAGUAUAACCCACCUGAAUUGAGUUACAUAUGACAAUUUACAGUAAACACCUUUUUGAAAUUGAUUUAAACAUUUAUAUUUAAAUAUGUUUUUUGUAAAUAAAUUGGUUGGUGUCUAUUAAAAAAAAAUUGUAAUAUUUUAAUUCCUAAAUUGUGUAAAAUUACCAAUAAAUAGACAUUUGAAACGGAAUCUCAGGGAUUUUGUAUUUGUAGUUGAAUUAUUGUAGUUAUUUAUUUUUACUGAUAAAUAUUUAAGAAAUAAAGCAAUUUGAUUUUUGUGUUCUGAAUACUUUUACAGUAAUAAAAUAGGGUUAUGUAAAGAUUAAGAUGUAUAUUCUAUUUAUUGAUGUGCCUAUAUGUGUAACUUAUGUAAAUAAAGAGGAUUAAAUACAA